AUGAACAACACUGUCAUGAUGUCGUGGGUCAUGUCAGAAAUAUUUCACAUUACUUAUUCCUUGAUUUUAGCGGAAUGUCUUGGAGCGGAGCGCUCGCGGCAGCGCUCUCCUAUCAGGAGCGUUCCCGUGGCGGCCAGCGUCAAGAGAGAAGUUGACUUCGACUGCCCCGAAGAAUUUGGGUAUUAUCCACAUCCCACCGACUGCACGUUGUACUAUGUUUGCGUAUUCGGCGGUGCUUUACUAGAAUCUUGCACUGGUGGCCUCAUGUACAGUCACGAGCUCCAAACAUGUGAUUGGCCGCGUAACGUAGGCUGCGACGCCACCGGUGCCGUCAUAGCUGACGAUUACGAACGGCUAAACGAAAGACAGUCUCCACCUCCUACAUCUCGAAGAAAUCCGCCGCCACCUCCCCCGUCCAGAGCACAGCCCAAUCCAGUUAUUACUUCAAGAGGGCAACCAAAAUUCAACCGACAAGAAUAUGAAAAACAACAACAGUUAUAUGCUGAAGUAGAUGACUUACCUCCUGUGGAAGAAAUUGAGAACGAUAGGCAGCAAAGGGUAUACAGAGGACAACCAUCAACUAUUGGACAAGUUCAAAAAGAUAGGGACGGUUACCAUGGAUCUCAAGGCAUUAGUUCUGGGAGAACACUUAACUCUAAUAUUAUUCCUUCCUCAAUUGCGCAAAAUAGUAAAAUUGGAUCGUUUUCAUUUGGGACACAAGUAGAAGAUAGAAGAACAGCAACUGCCACCCAAACUCCUCAGUCUUAUAGAGAAGAUAAAUAUGACGUUUUGACUGACUCUUCUGACUUAACUAAAGACUUUACGACUGGUGAAAGGACUAUUAAAGAUAUAAGUAAUAACACUUUAUCAAGGAAAAGACGAGAUAUUGAAUCCCAUUUAAAUGCAUCUUCUGUACCAGAUAAAAUUUCUAAUAAAAACGAUAAUGACCAAGAAAUGGAAUAUAUAGAGUUUGACCCAGAAUCUGAUGAAGAUGAAUACCAAGAUGAUAUAUCGGAUGACGGUGAAAGGGGAAAGAGACAAAUUAGGUUUUAUAUAAAAGAGGGACAUAAGGUCCCUCUUAAAUUUACUAAUUCUAAACCUGUGAAGUUUGUAAACUUGCGGCAUAAUAAUCAAAAUCCUAAUAUUCAAAAUCCACGGUACUAUACUAAUCAUAAUAGUGGAUUUAAUGAUAAUAAUUAUAAUUCAUUUCUAGUGACUAAUAAUAACAACCAUUAUCCAGUAAAUGGUCAUCUCAAUUAUCAAACAGUGUAUAAUAAUCAAAAUCAAAGGCCAUUUAAAGCAAGUUUACCUGAUUUAUCAAAACCUAAAUAUUUACUCAAUAAUGCAGGAACUCAAAUUAUCACAAAAAGUCCUCCAAUUUCUUCUUUAAAUAACAAUCAAAAUCCAUUUGCGUCGUUAGCUGGUGGAUUUUAUAACAAUGGGUUGAAAAAUAAUCAUAAUACAAUAUCGCAAGGACAAAUAUCCUCAGUGAAACCAACUUUAUCUUCACCACUUGAUUUAACGCAUUUCCCCAGUACAAUUGUUACUGGAAGACCUUUAUCAUCUUCUACUCAGAGUUUAAAUCAUAGUGUAAAAAAUGACGAAGAGAAUAAAAAAUUAAAAAAUAGUUACAAUAACGAUAAUAACAAAUUUACAAAAGACGAAGACUAUAAUGAAGAUGAAGAAUAUUCUGAUGAAGAAACAGAAUCUUCGGAAGAAGAUGAGGAAGAUCACAAACCAAAUUUCUCACCGCCUAUUACUGUCCCUUAUAGUUUUAAUCAUCCCAGAAAUAAAUAUGCUAACAUUGAUAAUCCAUUUGCCCGACCGAACUUUAAUUUUGAUGAUUUUUUGGCUAAAUUAAGAGAUGAUCAAUAUUCGGUUAUUGGGUUAUCAACACAAAAACCAAAAGCUUUACAAAAUAAUGAUGUUCAAUCAAAUUCACCUUCAAAUACAACUCCAUCUAUUAAUGGACACAAAAUAUCAUCUUUUAAAGGUAUAAGUACUCCAAAACCAUUUACUAUGUCUGAUGUAUCGCAAAAUUUAACAAUGACUAUAAAUAAAAACAUAAACAAUUUCGGUACCCAACAAGGCUCUGAUUACGUUUUGAGGUCACAAAUAAAUGCAAACAAUAAUAACCAAUUCAGUCAACACAAUUCAAAAAAUGUUAAUAGAUUUCCACAAAAGGAUGCUGGCUUACCUUUAGAGACUUUAAAACCGAAAUUAAAGCUACCCAACUUCCAGGAUAAUAGACCACUUUCUGUAAGUUACAAUUUCAAUACGCCAGCAGAAGGUAGUAAUCAACCGUCAGGUACAACAAGGCCAGUUGUCACUCAGACGCCUUAUUAUAGCACUCCAAAUAAUAACAAUAAAGUACCAUUACAAUCUCAUCAUGGAAAUAAUGUAAAACCGUUCCUGGUAUCAACAUCGCCACCUGUCAAUAGAUAUGUGUUAAGCAUUUCACAAUCUACUCCAAGACCUGCUACAUUUGUAAAUGAACAAUUUUCUCCCGUACAAAAUUAUUGGAAUAAACCAUCUAGUGGUCUUACACUUACAACACCAUCAUCGAUAAGUCCAAAUACAGUUACAGAAAUUGCGAAGUGGACAAAGUUGUAUUUACAAGCAAUACAAUCAUCUACAAUAACACCAUUGAGUGGUAAAAAUAUAGUUGCUGAUGUAAACACUAAAGCUCCGCCAAAGCGUAAACCUAUACCGAAACCUUCGCCGGAAAUGAAUGAUUACUAUUAUGAUGAUGAAGAUGAACAGUAUUAUUAUGAACCAAUCGUUAAGCCUAAAUAUAUGCCAAGCUCCGAAGUUAUGCCUCAAAGACCGCCUAUGGCACAAAACUAUGAAGAAUACGACGAUUCCAAUGAACAACUUGAAAUCCAUACAGAUCCAAAGUUUCAGGAACAUCGAAAAAUACCUAGUGGUCAAAAUAAUUUUAAAGUAGAAAGUGCAACAAAAAAUCACAAUGAUGUAUCCGUUGUCACCAAGUCCCCAUAUAAACAAUCAAACAAAAUUAUUAAUGGCAAAAUUCCGGUACCAGUAAUGGUUGAUUAUGACGAUUCAAAAAAUUCCAUGUCUCAUAAUAGUCGCAAUCGAACGUAUUAUUUAAGGAAGCCAAACAGGCCUGAGAAUAAUCCAAAUACAUUAAAACCUCCUAAAUUUUUGAAUCAGACAACCUUGCGGCCUUACACUGUCAGACAUAGAUUAGCAAUGCCAACAACUGAAAAAAAUCAGGCUUAUCAAGAUUUAGAAAAUAAACAAAUGAGAGGAAGAAUACGACAUCACAAUAUAGUUGCGGAAAUGAAAUUGACUACUCCUCACGACAGCUUUAAACAAGAGACUCGAAUUACUAAGACUGGUCAUGACGAUAAAACGAACAGCCUGGAACCCACAGAGAGCGUUACACCUUCCUCGUAUUCUCCAAGUCCGCGACCAAAAAUGCUUUAUAACGGUUCUCAGACUUACAGUCCCGAUCAAUAUGAUCCUUAUUACGCUGUAUAUGAUGAAGACGGUGAAUUGUACAAGGAUACAGACUAUGUGCAGCAAUAUAACUCAGCUUCGCUCCGACCAGCAGUCCAGCAAACUUACAGAGGCACUCCGCCUUCCCGUCGGCCAGUAGAGACCUAUUCAGCAAGACCCGUCGCAGACGAUUACGACGAUGCUCUUAUUCAAGGACCCAUCAUAAAUCAAAACCAAUACCAGACAUCUGUUCGUCAACCGGCAAGGGGUGAAGGUAACGAAUUGGGUUAUGAUCCUAUACCAAGCAGCGUGAGGACGACUAUUUAUGAAGCCACUUUCCCAAGCACAAAUCCAACUACAACUAGCACCAGCACUACUACCACUACCACUACCACAACCACAACCACAACCACAAGACGACCAACAACCGCACCUUACACGGAAUCAAUGACCUCGUCUCGUUAUUCCCCAAGAUCAUCCACUGAUGAGAAUCGUAGUCGCCUCCCUGCUUCCUCUACCGUCCCAAAUGAUAUUGAUGGAUUUGUCACAUCAAUUCCUUCUACAUUAUCAACCACUAUAAACUUAUCCUCUCACGCUAAACCUUUUGAAAAGACCGAUAAUGCACAUAGGUUACUUGAACCGUCGACUGAAAUAACGACUCGUAGACCAACAACUCGUGUGACUGAAAACAAUAAAAAUUUCGUUACUUUAGUUCGUGAAAGUCCAGACGUAGGUAAUAAAAAGAUGAUCUCUUUAACUACAGGUUUUUCUAUACGCAGGAAUGUUAAUAAUACAAAAAAUCCUUACACUUUAACGAUAAUUUCAAAGCCAUAUGAAAAUAAGUCAUCGGUUGCCACCAAAAACAUUCGAGUUAAAAAUAAUAAAAAACAUUACAUACAGAGACUUUAUUACGAUAUCAAUGAGAAAGAUGAAACGCAACCAGAAAAAAAUAAAGGACUCGGAAAUGAUGAACAAACCAAAGAGAAAGAAGUUGUGGUAAAUAUAUCAUCUGACCAGAAAGAAAGUGGCUACGAAGGCCCAGAUGAUAGCUACAUGUCCUCAUCUGCACGAACCCCUACAUAUAGGCCCAGAAGUCGUUUUAGUAAUAGUGCCACGCCAACAACGACAACAACAGAAGAAGUUUUUAAGCGACCGGUAACGGAAUCGACGGCAAGUUCAAUGAGCCCAAAAAUUUUUACCGAUAGUAACUUAGACCGAGUAAACGAGAAUAGUGAAAAUAAAUAUUAUGUUGACAGUAACAAAUCUCAGCGCUUUAAACAAGUAGAUUAUAUAAUUCAAGAUGAAGAUUUAAAAUACAAAGAUCCAAUAGUGUCACCGUAUAAAACAUUAGAUAAUUUAAGAAAUACCGGUAGAGACUAUCUAUCUAGCGAUGAUAAAGUAGAUGUCCCUUCGUCGACUAUGUCAACUAGAACUUCAAGUUUAAGGCCAGUAACAAAACCGUCAUCAGACAGAGUAACAAGAAAAAAACCUUCCUAUUAUCUUUACAAUGUCAAGGAUGAUGAAAAUGAGCAGACUACGGAGAUAUUUAAAAAUGGUGUGAAACAAAUAAUUCGAAACUUAUUUAAAGAUGCGCACAGUAGCACACCAAAAAUUGUUGAAUUUAUUUCACCUUCUACAACAUUGGAGACAAAUGAAAAGGUGAACCUAGCGUUGUUAGAAACGUCUCCCCUUCUGUUGAUAAUCCUACUACAGUGUCCAAUCAAGUCCCCAGAAAUGAAAUAUGAUUCAGUUGAAACUGCAAACCCUACAAUUUCUCUUUCAACAGAAAUUCCAUUAAUGGAUGCAGCGACAGAAGAUGCUUUCAGAGAUAUUUUACCAAAUAUGGAAUAUGAAUUAACAACGAAAUCUCAUUCAUUAAAAUCCAAAUUUAGUAGCUUAAUGAAUAAAGAAUCCAGAGAUGAAGAACCGAGAUCUCAUAAGUUUAAGAAAAUAAUUGAAAGUGAGAUAAAACCAUUUGAUAGUAAUAUUGAUGACUAUUCUGAAAGAAGUAAUUCUCACCUUGAAACUAACACAGAUAGCAAGGAUUUAACGACAGAAACUCAAAUAAGACUUACAAAUGACUUUGCUAAUGACAUUGCUUCUACGACAAGCACUACUAAAUCCACUACAACUUUUAAAAUUGACGCUGAGACCAAGCAGACCUCUAAGAGCUUAUCCUAUCCAACUCGAGCCUCUCGUAUCAACCCUGCCAUAAAGUUAGCCGCGGCAAGUGUUGGAGGUGGGCGCAGGAGUUACCAAUCGCCAUCCAAUUGUUCAUCAGACAACAGUCUGCAAGUGAAUCCAAAAUGCAACGAAAUCAAAUAUCCGAGGCCCACAAGCACAAGAGGUCGAGGUUCGGCACAUUUCUCUACUUCUGGUGGAUCUGAGGCUCCACAGCAGACUCCUAACAGAGGAACACCUCCAACUCGCAGUCGUCCUACGUUAAAACCCUCAACAGCCAUAGUUACAAAGACUGUGGAUAUCAAUAUUUACGCUCAUCCACCAUCGCGCCCCGCCCCUGUUUACCCACAACCUACACCCGACAAGACAGCUGCCAAGUGUAGAAAAGAUGUAUGUCUUCUACCAGAUUGUUUCUGCGGUGGAAAAGACAUUCCCGGCGAAUUGCCGGUGGAUAAGGUGCCUCAGAUUGUUUUGCUGACUUUCGAUGAUUCCGUAAAUGAUUUGAACAAGGGCUUGUACUCGGAUCUGUUUGAAAAAGGACGCGUUAACCCGAAUGGUUGCCCCAUAACAGCUACUUUUUAUGUAUCUCACGAAUGGACGGAUUACAGUCAAGUUCAGAACCUAUACUCGGCUGGACAUGAAAUGGCAUCUCACACAGUAUCUCACAGUUUUGGAGAGCAAUUCUCUCAGAAAAAAUGGAACAGAGAAGUUGGAGGUCAAAGAGAAAUUUUGGCAGCGUACGGUGGUGUUAAGCUCGAUGAUGUUAGAGGAAUGCGCGCACCUUUCUUAUCUGUAGGAGGAAAUAAAAUGUUUAAAAUGUUGUACGACUCUAACUUUACAUACGAUUCAUCAUUGCCAGUAUAUGAAAACAGACCACCAAGUUGGCCUUAUACGUUGGACUAUAAACUUUUCCACGAUUGCAUGAUACCACCAUGCCCCACAAAAUCUUAUCCAGGAGUUUGGGAAGUUCCUAUGGUCAUGUGGCAAGAUUUGAAUGGUGGCCGUUGUUCUAUGGGCGAUGCUUGUGCCAAUCCACCGGAUGCAGAAGGUGUUUACAAAAUGAUUUUGAAAAAUUUCGAUAGACAUUAUACCAGUAACAGGGCUCCUUUUGGUCUCUUCUAUCACGCAGCUUGGUUCACUCAACCUCACCACAAAGAAGGUUUCAUUAUGUUCCUAGAUUUCAUUAAUAAAAUGAAUGAUGUUUGGAUUAUCACAAAUUGGCAAGCCUUGCAGUGGGUGCGAGACCCAACCCCAAUAUCCAGAUUAAAUAAUUUCCAACCAUUCCAGUGCAAUUAUGCGGAUCGGCCGAAAAAAUGCAACAAUCCUAAGGUUUGCAACUUGUGGCAUAAGUCCGGAGUACGGUAUAUGAGGACAUGUCAACCCUGUCCUCCAAUUUACCCUUGGACUGGAAAAACUGGCAUCUCAUCAUCGCGCAUUGACAACGAAAUUGAAGAAUAG